UCCCAGGCACAAAGACCAAGAAGACCCACAGCUUGACGGAAUGAGCUCCUUUCACCGGCGUUCCUCCUCCGGCAGCCUCUUCUUGUGAUUGGAGUUUGCUUCUAAGAUUAGAUCUCUCAGGUGGGCCUCGUUUUCCGGUGACGUGGCAGUUUUCAGGCGAGUUUACUACCUGAGAUGGCUCUCUUUUCUCUCCCGAUGUCAAGUCUCUCUCACUGUUUCCCGAUUUGUUCGGUCCCCUACCAUGGUCUGAGACCUCCUCCCGCACCACCACCGGAGCCUCCGUCUUCACCAACUCCGCCAGAGCCACCGGAUCCACCGGAUCCCCAGAUCUGGCCCUCAUCCGAAGAAGCUCUUGCUCAGCUCCUCCUCCUUCAACACCUCUCCGAUCCUCAACGAUUUCCCAGUGUUUCCAAUCCCCCAUCGCCGCCGCCAUCGAGACCUGCUCCUCCUUGCCAAAAGGUUGUUUCGCUGUCUUUUGCCGCUGUUGCUCCUCACCGCUCAAGCCGCCGCCGACACACUCCUCAUCCCACGCUCCUCAAAGGUGAACCUAGGGUUUCACUGUUUGGGCCAAAUGUGGGUGGUUUUGUUAUUGGGCCAUGGUUACUUAUUGGGCCAAAAGAGGAGGGUCUUUUUAUUGGGUCUUACAAUCCUAACAUUCAGCCCACUCUUGUUCCUCUUUCGAGCCCUUUCUCACAAUCCCUUGACACGCUUCGCCUAAAGCCAUCUGAGUUCGUCAAGCCACGCCUCGUCGUCAGCAGAUUUGCUUGCUCGCUCUCCUUCUCACACACCAUCCCCCCUAUCAUAUUCCCCCAGGGAGCAUUGUUGUCAAGACUGUUUUGCUUGGAGCAGAAGCGCGGAUUAUUAUUCAUGAUGGUUCCCGUUCAACAUUUGUUGGCUGUUUGACUUUGGAGGCUUUGUUUCCUCCUCCUUGUGGUUUCGGCAAAGACUACUGUUUUGAAGAUGUUUGCUUUAUCGGUGGCCCUUGUUUAGAUUCUGCGUUGGUAGAACUCUUGAGUUCACCCUUAUCCCUAAGUCUCUGUUUGAGAUUUGUUGUUGUUCUUAGUUUAUCUUCUUACUCGAUCACUUUGUUGGUCGUGGUAUUAGAUGUUUGGGCUCCUUGUAGCCUCGUUGUAUUCUCCGUCUUUGGAGGUUAACCUUAUCUUUAAUAUAAAAUGCUAAGUUUGUCCAAAAAAAAAAA